GUCCUGUUGCUGGUGGGCCGCCUGCGAGGCCAGAGAGGACGUCCGGGCUCCCGCCCCCAGCGGCGAGCUUCGGCGAAAAGGAACCGGGAGCCUACGUCCCACACGACUCAGCCCGGUCUGCCGCCUGCCCGGGCCUCCUCCAGGACCCCGCCCCGACCCCCGCCUAGGGUCCUCCGCGGGACCUCCUCUCACGCGGCAGCGGACCCUGAUCUGCGCCCGAUUUCGCCGCAGAUCGCCUUUCCGGGUUGGCGCGCAGCUAGAUUGGGGCCAGUCUGCCGGUUGCCCGGGUAACGCGGGAGGCCGUCCCAGGCCGCGCGGGCCUCGCGGCCGCGGCCUUCCCAGGAGCGCGAGGGCGGGGCGACCACCUGUGCCCUUUACCCCUCGAAGAGCCCGGCCAGCUCGCCCGCCUCGGGCCGCGCCGCGCUGCCUUUGCCGAGCCGUCCUGCGCCCCCGAGUGCCCUCGCCAUGAAGCCCACCUUUUCCCUGCGACUGAAGAUCUUUAACCUCAACUGCUGGGGCAUUCCCUUCCUGAGCAAGCACCGGGCCGACCGCGUCAAGCGCCUGGGAGACUUUCUGAACAUGGAGAGCUUCGACCUUGUUCUGCUGGAGGAGGUGUGGAGUGAGCAGGAUUUCCACUACCUGAGGCAGAAGCUGUUGCCCACCUACCCAGCUGCACACUACUUCAGGAGUGGCAUCAUUGGCAGUGGUCUCUGUGUCUUCUCCAAACACCCAAUCCAGGAAUUCACCCAGCACGUCUUCACCCUCAAUGGCUAUCCUUACAUGGUCCACCAUGGUGACUGGUUCUGUGGGAAAGCUGUGGGGCUGCUGGUGCUCCAUCUAAGUGGAUUGGUGCUCAAUGCCUACGUGACCCAUCUCCAUGCCGAGUACAGUCGACAGAAGGACAUCUACUUAGCACAUCGUGUGGCCCAAGCUUGGGAACUGGCCCAGUUCAUCCACCACACAUCUAAGAAAGCUGAUGUGGUUCUAUUAUGUGGGGACCUCAACUUGCACCCAAAGGACCUGGGCUGCCGCCUGCUGAAGGAAUGGACGGGGCUGCAUGAUGCCUUUCUUGAGACCCGGGACUUCAAGGGCUCUGAAGAAGGUUGUACGAUGGUGCCUGAGAACUGCUACGUCAACCAGCGGGAGCUGGAGCAAUUCCCCGUGGGCAUCCGCAUCGACUAUGUGCUUUAUAAGGCGGUAUCUGGGCUAUACAUCUCCUGUAAGACUUUGAAAACUACUACAGGCAGUGAUCCUCACAGUGGCACCCCCCUCUCUGAUCAUGAGGCCCUGAUGGCUACUCUGUGUGUGAGACACAGCCCCCCCCAGCACAACCCCAGCCCUACCCAUGGACCAGCAGAGAGGUCACCACUGAUUAAUGUGCUGAGAGAGGCCUGGACAGAGCUGGACCAGGGCCUGGCUCAGGCUCGCUGGUGGGCCACCAUCGCUGGCUAUGUGAUUGGUCUGGGGCUGAUUCUCCUGGUGUUGCUGUGUGCCCUGGCUGCUGGAGGAGGGAUCAAGGAAAUUGCCAUACUGCUCUGGACCCCCAGUGUAGGACUGGUGCUGGGGGCAGGAGCAUUCUACCUCUUCCACAUGCAGGAGGCCAAGAGUUUGUGUAGGGUCCGGGCCGAGCUCCAGCAUGUGCUGGGAAGGGCAAGGGAGACCCAGGACCUGAGCCCAGAGUCCGAGCAAGCCUUGCUCCUGGGGCAGCAGGAGGGGGACAGAGCUGAGGAACAAUAAAGCCUGACACCUCUUUG